AUUCCAAUACCUUUAAAAUAUCCGGUUACAGUGCAAAAACAAACAGAACAAACUUUUAAAAACGUAACAAAAAUCCUGGAUUCUCGUCAUCAAUACCCCCUGCAUACUGCAGCCAGGGAAGGUAACAUAGAAAGAGUUAUUUCCCUUAUACAACAAGACUUUAGUGUAAAUCACAGUGACCCAGAUUUGGUCAAACCAUUACAUGAGGCGUGUUUUCAUGGAAGGUUUCAAUGUGUCAAAAUACUGUUAGAAAAUGGUGCAGAGGUAAAUGCUAGAAAUAUAGAUGGAGCCACACCACUAUGUGAUGCAGCAUCCAGUGGUCAUAUAAACUGUGUAAAAUUACUUAUAGCUAAUGGAGCUAGUGUAAAUCCAGUAUUAUUAUUGUCAUCACCAUUACAUGAGGCAGCUCUUAGAGAUCAGUGGGAAUGUAUGGAGAUUUUAUCAAAAGCUGGUGCAAAUCUAAAUGCCUCAGACUGUCAUUAUGGUACUGCAUUGCAUAUUACAGCCAACCAGGGAUUUAUCAAUAGUGCAGAAGUUUUACUCAGAGCAGGUGCCAAUGUUAAUGCUGUAAAAACUCAUAGUACACCACUACAUGAGGCAGCCAUAAAACAAGACAUAGAUUCCUUAGGUUUGCUGUUGGAAUAUGGUGCUGAUGUUUAUGCUAGGAAUAAUAAAGGUCUACAUGCAAUUGAUCUUAUUUCAAGUUCAACAAAUCCAUCAAAAGAACUGUUGUUAUACUGGAUGAAUACAGUUCCCAAAUUGACGUAUUUAACUCGACAAGUCAUAAGAAGACAGCUGGGGCAAGCAGGACUAAUGAAUGUUGAUCAAUUGAUGUUACCAAAAUUACUUAAAAAUUAUAUAGAGCAUAGAUAAUUGUUUAAAAAGGAGAGAAUUAAAUGACACAACACAUCAACAUUUGAAUCACUCAUUUCUAAAUGCAUAUUCCUAGUGAGAGCAAUACAUGUACAUACAUCACUCCAGGGAAAUUGUGAGAAAUCAACUGCCAUGCAAUUGUCUAUGUGAUCUCAUCAAGCGAUAACUCUGAUCUGUAGCAGGAUAACAUCAGUUUAAAUUGGAUAGCUGUAUCAACACUACAGCAAUUGGGAAAGUUCAGACAGGAACUAUAAAGUUGGCAUCAAAUAGGAAAGGUGACAAAAUAUAAAAUAAAUCUAAUUGGACUUGAUUGUGGGUACAAACCAGGAAAAAAGUCUAAAUAUACCAGGUUUUUUAGUUUUUUUUGUGAUGUUGAUUAGGGAUGUAAUAUUGAUCCAAUAACUUAAGGCCAUUUUGGUACUAAGAAGAUACUGUCAGUGGCGGAUCCAGAGGGGGGCGUAGAGGGCGUACGCCCCCCCUUUUGCUUGCACUUUUUUUUUUUUUUUUUUUUGUAAAAUGAUUAAUCAGACUAGACUUCGUGAACUUUGCCAUUUGCCGCGUAUUUAAUUUUUAUGCGACAAUUCUUUACUUAUAAAGAUAUUUUUCGCUCGUAUUUACUGUAAUAUAUUAUUGAUUAUGUCAAAGUCAUGUGAUUCGCUACGGUGGAGUUGACCAGUACGUCGAAAAAACGUCACUAAGACAUUUUGAAAUUCAAAUUACAGUAACACAUUGCUUAAGCUGAGGAUGACGCCUUCAAAGCAACAAAGUAUUGAGCAAGAAGUUGAACGUAUUGACUUCUAUUUCACAAUUCCACCCAGCAGAAAGUAAUACUCUAUUACACUCUCAUGAAAAAAAAAAAUCCACAGCAAUAUUAUUUACCUACAUGUUUAACCCCACACGCCCCAGCCCAUUAAUAACAUUGCUGAAUAGUGAUCCCCAGUCAGUAAGCUCUAGAUAUAGAUUUUAAGUCUAAGGUACGGACCAUUUGAUUUGAGGGGGCAGUCUGAGAUAUUUUAGAGAAAAAAUUCUGACUCUGAUUUUUGCCUUAAACAAAAAUUCUGGCCGUAUCUGGAUUGAAAACAAUAAUCUUGUCCACUUUUUUGCUAUGAGAAAAAAAUAUUUUCAACAGAAUUAUUUAGCAUUAAAAUGAACCUGAUGAAUAAAAAAACUGGUGUAAUUUUUUUUUGAGGGGUUGCAUGUGAAUCCCAUGUCUGUUUCGCCGAACUGAUAUACUGAAUACUUUUUUCAAUGCCCGACUGCAACCUGCCUGCUGGGUGUGGCCUAUAUGUCACCAUGUGUCGACCGUCAUUCACAACUUCAUUGUCAUUUCCGACUCAUUCUUAGCCUUUGGUUGAUUUGGAACCCCUCACUUCCCUUGUUGGGUGAAACAGAGACAUAUAUACGUAUAUAUGUCUCUGGGUGAAACAUUUGGAUAAACAUUGCUUGUCUGUCUUUCUUCGUGUCGGUCGUAUUGUAAAUUUCAUUGAAAAGCCGUAUAUCUUGUUUACAACAAGAAAUCUGUGAGGUUAUGCUAACUAACCAUACAACAAACGAGAAUUUUCCAUGUCCAUUUUUUACUGACAAAUCCCACAUCAAAUAUAUUAAUUAGUACAUAGCUUUGGAUCCAUCCAAUCAUUUUAUAAUAGACAAUUGAUGGAGAGAAUACGGCACCAAAAAUGUCCAACCCCUACACUUUAACUAUAAAAUGCAUUUUACACUUAUUUUAUGGUUUUUUAGCCAAAAAAGGUCCAAAAAAUUUAAUCGGCUACGCCCCCACUUUCCAAAAUCCUGGAUCCUCCCCUGCUGUGUACCAGUUUAUGGUUAUUUUUAUUCAGCUGAAUUUCAGAUAUGAUCCUGAUGGUUGUAAUGAUAGUUGUAUGACAGCUAUACACUAAUACAAAGCACAAUUUUGCCUAUAUUAGGUAACAUGAAGACAUGUCUUUACAUUUGUGAACCAUGAAGAAAUGCUUACCAUAGCUGAAGGAAUUAAAGAUUAUGUUGACCAGUCAGAAAAAUCUAAUUGCUAUUUUAAUGAAACUUGAUAUAAUGUAUAUAAAAAUAAUGAGAUGUGGUAUGAUUGCAAAUGAGACAACUAUCUACAAGAGUUCCAUUGAAAUGGAUGUAAGCAACUAUAGGCAACUGUACGGCCUUCAACAAUGAGUAAAACCCAUACUGUAUAAUCAGCUAUCAAAGGCCACAACAUGAAAAUGUCGAACAAUUCAAACAAGAAAACUAACAGCCUAAUAUGUAACAAAACAAUUUACAGAAAACAAUUUUGACAGAGAUGAACCAACGAUAACUACUGUACAGGCUCCUGACUUGGAACUGGCACAUAAAGAAUGUGGUGGGGUUAAACAGGUUUGUGACUCUCAUCCCUCCCCUAUUAUUUCUUAAAGAAUCUUAAACUUUUUUUCAUUUUUUGAAAUGCAUGAACAUGCAUUAUAAGUAUCAAGAUGGUAAGGUUUUUAGUUUUUGUCAAUUUUCCACAAAUUUAUAAGUAACUGUAUAGUUUGAAGCAAAACUAACAUGUUUCUUGAACUUUUUCUAUUAUUGAAAUUCUGCAAAGAAAAUUACCCAAAGUUUUGCCUACCUUCAUGACAGCCCGUGGCCUUUGUGUAUGAAUUCUAGUCAAAAGUACAGUAUUGUAUGAUACAAUUAUAUUUAUCAUUUACUUGUUUUACUUUUAUCAAUGUUUUAUUGUCUAUAAUAUUUAUAUAAUAUAUGGAGUUCAUUAUUUUUCUGAACUAAUUUUUGUUAAUAAACUGAGUUCUUUAUGUUAUUCCAGUGAUCUAGAAUAAAAAAUACUGGUUUCA